CAACCCUUCCUUCCUUAUCACACCCAUCUCUCUCUAUAUCUCUUCCCCCCUCUCUUCCUUCUAUUUUUGCCCUUCUUCCUCUUCAUUGUUAUAUUGCCUUGCUUCCCCAUUAUCCAAACUCUCUGAAGCUCACACAACUCAUAGAAACCUAGAGAGGCCUUACCUUCAUUCAUAUCCUUCUCCACAAUUAGCUUAUAAGCUAUGGUUUUCUAUAUGGUUGGUACAGCUCAGUAGCUCAUACCUAUUUAUUGCUCUCUGCUUCUCGUAUCUUUCAACUCAUUGAUAUAGUGCAAUAAAGACUUGCUCUGUUCUCUCUUGCAAUAGUUUUCAGACACUUAGUUUCAGGUAGCUAACUAUUUGGGAGUGUAAUAAGCAUCUUCAAGCUUAAGCUCAUUUCAAACAAGAAAGCUGAAAAUGGCACCCAGAAACAGUCGUGGAAAGGGCAAAGGUGGAGAGAAGAAGAAGAAGGAAGAGAAGGUUCUUCCUGUUGUGAUGGACAUCACUGUGAACCUUCCAGAUGAAAGCAGUGUUGUUUUGAAGCAGGGAAUAUCGACGGACAGGAUCAUCGACGUUCGCCAACUAUUAUCAGUCAACACAGAAACUUGUAACAUCACCAAUUUUUCACUAUCCCAUGAGGUAAGAGGGAAACGUUUAAAAGAUACGGUGGACGUCUCCGCACUCAAGCCAUGCGUCAUCACCUUGGUCGAAGAGGACUAUGAUGAAGAGCGCGCCACCGCGCACGUGCGGCGCGUGCUGGACAUCGUGGCCUGCACGACGAGCUUUGGCGCGUCACCGACGCCUCCGCCGACUCCAGCGAAGGACCAAAGCCUCAAGCCCGACGCCUCGUCCGCAGUCCUCUCCGGUAAAAAUUCGCAGGAUAAUAAGACCGCCAAGAAAUCCACCGCCGCCAAGCCUCAAGGCUCUGCCGGAGCCGAUAAGCGUGACGUGGCGGUCGACUCGGACGCCGAGCUGAGCCACUCUUGCCUCAAGCUCGGUUCCUUCUACGACUUCUUCUCUCUCGCUCAUCUCACUCCCCCUCUGCAAUUUAUCCGAAGGGUGACGAAACGACAUGUCGAUGAGAUUUCCGGCGAUGAUCACCUGUUUUCUCUUGAAGUGAAGCUUUGCAAUGGGAAGGUGGUUCUGGUUGAAGCUUGCAGAAAGGGAUUCUAUAGUGUAGGGAAGCAGCGCAUUCUGUGUCACAACCUCGUCGAUUUGCUACGCCAGCUUAGUAGAGCUUUUGACAAUGCUUACGAUGAUCUGCUGAAAGCAUUUUUGGAACGUAAUAAGUUUGGGAAUCUUCCCUAUGGCUUUCGAGCAAACACAUGGCUUGUACCGCCUAUUGCAGGGCAGUCGCCUUCAGGUUUCCCUGCUCUUCCUGUGGAGGAUGAAGCUUGGGGAGGAAAUGGAGGGGGUCUAGGAAGGGAUGGGCAAUUUGAUCUGAUUCCUUGGGCUAAUGAGUUUUGGUAUAUUGCAUCUAUGCCUUGCAAGACGGCGGAGGAGAGGCAGGUUCGAGAUAGGAAGGCAUUCCUUCUUCACAGCCUAUUUGUUGACGUUUCCAUUUUUAGAGCCAUUAAGGCUGUGCAGCAUGUGAUGGCAAAGCCGGAAUUAACAUGUUCAGCUGCAAACAGUGAGGUUCUUUAUACUGAGAGAGUAGGGGACCUGAAUGUGAUAGUAACAAAGGAUGUUAACAAUGCGAGCUGUAAGGUAGAUACUAAAAUUGAUGGAAUUCAGGCAACUGGAGUGGAUAAAAAGAAUCUAGCACAACGAAACCUUCUUAAAGGGAUCACUGCUGACGAGAACACCGCUGCACAUGAUGUCACCACUCUAGGUGUUGUCAAUGUCCGAUAUUGUGGUCACAUUGCAGUUGUGAAAGUUGAGGGCAAAGAAACUAAGAAAGUCGGUUCUCCAUCCCAAAGCAUUGACCUCCUUGAUCAACCUGAAGGUGGUGCCAAUGCCCUUAAUAUCAACAGUUUGAGAUUACUACUUCACACUACUACACCUUCAGAGCAGAAUAAACUGGCAUCACAUGGGCAAGGUCUGGAACAUGAAGAGCUUUCUGCUUCCUGCGCUUUUGUUGAGAAGCUAUUAGAAGAAAGUCUUGCUAAGCUUGACAAAGAGGAGCUAGAUUCUGAUAGUUUUGUGAGAUGGGAACUAGGAGCUUGCUGGAUACAACACUUGCAAGACCAAAAAAAUACAGACAAGGAUAAGAAACCAUUGGGUGGGAAGGCUAAGAAUGAGAUGAAGGUCGAGGGACUUGGGACACCUCUUAAAUCCCUUAAGAACACGAAGAAGAAAUCAGAUGGAGCCAAUAUUAAAGUGCAGUCUGAUAGCUCAAAGUCGCAUGCAGAUGGUGUUGUGGGAGAAGUAGAAAAUGCUAUAGGUUCUGUGGAAUCAAAGUUUGAAACCAGUGCUAAAGAAAAUGAGCUUGUGCUGACAGAGAUGCUCUCUGACGCAGCCUUUGCUCGACUAAAAGAAUCAGAAACUGGACUUCAUUGCAAGUCUCUGCAAGAACUGAUCGACUUAUCUCAGAAGUAUUACUCUGAAGUUGCUCUUCCAAAACUGGUAGCCGAUUUUGGUUCAUUGGAACUUUCACCAGUUGAUGGUCGAACUUUAACUGAUUUCAUGCAUACUAGAGGUCUUCGGAUGCGUUCUCUGGGGCAAGUUGUCAAGCUAUCGGAGAAGCUAUCACAUGUGCAGUCCCUUUGCAUUCAUGAGAUGAUAGUGCGAGCUUUUAAGCACAUACUUCAGGCAGUGAUUGCUGCUGUUAAUAACACUGAGAAAAUGGCUGCCUCGAUUGCUGCUGCAUUGAAUCUUAUGUUGGGGGCUCCAGAAAAUGAAGAAUUCAAUAAGUCUUUCAAUGUGCAUUCCCUUGUGUGGAGAUGGCUGGAAGUAUUCUUGCGAAAGAGAUAUGGAUGGGAUGUUAGCAGCUUCAACUACAAUGAUGUGAGGAGAUUUGCGAUUCUACGUGGCCUGUGUCAUAAGGUGGGCAUUGAGAUGGUUCCACGAGAUUUUGAUAUGGAGUCUCCAAAUCCAUUUCAGAGUUCUGAUAUUGUCAGCUUAGUUCCAGUACAUAAGCAAGCUGCAUGCUCUUCGGCAGAUGGUAGGCAACUAUUGGAGUCAUCAAAAACAGCCUUAGAUAAGGGAAAACUUGAAGAUGCAGUUGCAUAUGGCACUAAGGCUCUUGCAAAGCUGGUAGCAGUUUGUGGUCCAUACCAUCGAAUGACAGCAGGAGCUUACAGCCUCCUUGCUGUAGUUUUAUAUCACACUGGAGAUUUUAAUCAGGCUACAAUUUAUCAGCAAAAGGCUCUGGAUAUCAAUGAGAGAGAAUUAGGGCUUGACCAUCCAGACACCAUGAAGAGUUAUGGGGAUCUUGCUGUGUUCUAUUACAGACUUCAACAUACAGAGCUUGCUCUCAAAUAUGUGAAACGUGCUCUGUAUCUCUUGCAUCUCACAUGUGGACCAUCUCAUCCAAACACUGCUGCAACAUACAUCAACGUGGCUAUGAUGGAAGAAGGCCUGGGAAAUGUACAUGUUGCCCUCAGAUAUCUACACAAGGCUUUGAAGUGUAAUCAGAAGUUACUUGGCCCAGAUCAUAUUCAGACAGCGGCUAGUUACCAUGCUAUUGCAAUUGCACUCUCAUUGAUGGAAGCGUACCCUUUAAGUGUUCAGCAUGAGCAGACAACAUUGCAAAUUCUGCGUGCAAAGCUUGGACCAGAUGAUCUACGUACACAAGAUGCUGCUGCCUGGCUUGAGUACUUUGAGUCCAAGGCUUUUGAACAGCAAGAAGCUGCAAGAAAUGGGACUCGAAAACCAGAUGCAUCUAUAGCCAGCAAAGGCCACUUAAGCGUAUCAGAUUUGCUUGACUACAUCAAUCCCACUCAUGAUGCUAAAGGGAGAGAUGCGGCAAUGAAGAGGAAAACCUACAUAACAAAGUUGAAGGAAAAAUCCUAUCAAACUAUCAGCUCAGCAAGUUCUGACGAAUCUUCAAAAGAAACCACAAAAGAGGUUUCAGACGAAGAAACACAUACACUUGAACCAAGAGAAAGAACAGAUCCCAUCCAAGAAAACAUCCCGGCUUCAGUUGAACCCCAGCAUGUUGUAGAAGAGAUUCCUGAGGAAAAUUCAAACAUGAGCUCUUCUGAAACACAUGUUGAAGGGGAAGAUGACUGGCAUCCAGUUCAAAGGCCUAGAUCAGCGGGUUCAUAUGGGCGGCGUGUAAAGCAGCGGCGGGCAGCUAUUGGGAAGGUUUAUAGUUACCAGAAGAAAUAUGUAGACGCUGAUAUGGAUUACCCUUCAGUGAAGAAUACUAACCAAAACAGUAGGUAUUACCUUCUAAAGAAAAGGCCAACAUCUCAUGGAAGUUAUACAGAAAAUCAGAUUGCGAAUCCCUCCCAAGGUACUAAAUUUGGACGGAGAAUGGUAAAAGCUGUAGCAUACAGAGUCAAGUCUAUGCCUUUGUCUACCAAAGUUGUUGCAGCAGAAAGUUUGAGUUCCUCAUCAGAAGUCAGUCCAAAUGUUUCACCACAUGGGAUUGGUCCAGUUAAAGGUUCUAUAGUCAGUCUUGGAAAAUCUCCUUCAUACAAGGAAGUAGCAUUGGCUCCACCAGGUAGUAUUGCUAAAAUGCAAACUGUUUUCCCUCAGAGUGGCAUUCCAGAUAACCAUGAGCAUGGUAUCCAAAGACAAGAAGAGAAAAUAAUUGAAAUCAAAGGAGAUUCCAAACCAAAGGCUGUAGUUGAAACUAUACUUGAAGAAAAGAAGGAUCCUGUAUUGGUUUCCACAGAUGUGUUACGAGAGAAAACUGGACCUGUUGAGAAGAAAGAAGAUACUAAUUCACCUGAAGUGAAGGAAGAUAAAAAUUCACUGAUAUUCGGGACCGUGGAUGAACUUGGAUCCAGUGCUGUUAAGUUUCAAGAGGCAGCAGUUGAUAACGUAUUAGUAGAUGGACUGCCAAAAUCCAUUGAUUCUGCCAAGGAGGGACUCUGUGAGAACAAUCCAUCUGGCACUUCUGAAUUGCAUGAUUCCAACUCCACUUUGCAAGGAGUAGAUGAUUUGGAGGCAUCCUCGCUUGUUACUUCAGCUGAUACUCGGGGAUUGCCAAAUAAGAAGUUGUCUGCAUCGGCAGCUCCAUUCAAUCCCUCACCAUCCACUCGUGCUGCUCCGGUUCCCAUGAACAUUGCUAUACCUUCUGGUGCGGGUUCUGUCCCAACCAUUGCACCUUGGCCAGUAAACCUGAAUAUUCACCCAGGGGCAGCUACUGUCUUACCCACAGUUAAUCCCAUGUGCUCCUCUCCUCAUCAUCCAUACCCUUCUCCCCCUGCUACCCCGAAUAUCAUACAGCCAUUGCCAUUUAUGUUCCCUCCUCCUUACAGUCAACCCCAAGUUGUACGAACCAGUACCUUUCCUGUGACUAGUGCAUUUCAUCCAAAUCAUUACACAUGGCAGUGCAAUGUGAAUCCUAAUGUAUCCGAGUUUGUACCUACAACAGUUUGGCAUGGUUGCCAUCCAAUGGAAUUCUCUGCCCCAGCACCUGUUGUUGAGCCAAUUUCUGAUCCCUCUCCCUUGGAGUCAAAAAUUCAGAAUGAUGAUUCUGCUCCAGUUCUGCCAGUGGACAUUGAUAAUGUGGGGGAAACUAAGAAAGAAGCGGACAUUCUAACAUCAGAGGCAACUUGUAAUCCAAUUGAAAGUGUCAAGGAAGUUGGUCCAGAUCUUUGUGGGGUUGAGAAUGCUCAGAACGAACCAUGUGACAGCCCAAAUGGAAAAGUUGGAAGUAGCGCUGAAAGGACGACUGAUGGAGAGAAAACCUUCAGCAUUUUGAUAAGGGGCAGAAGAAACCGAAAGCAGACUCUGAGAAUGCCAGUAAGUUUGCUCAGUCGACCAUAUGGCUCACAGUCAUUCAAAGUCAUAUAUAACAGGGUGGUCAGGGGGAAUGAUGCGUCCAAACCCAUCAGCUUUUCAUCUAGUGAAAACUGCACAGCUACUGCUACAUAAACCCUAAUUUGUUUCUGUUACCAAUCGGGUAUAGCAGACCCUCGUCGAUUAUAUGCAGAAGGGACAGGAUUCACUUGAUCCCUUGGCUCUUACAUUCACAACCUUGCGAUAUUCUACUUAUACAUGGUUGGCGUAAAAGAGUUCAGGUUACAGUAGGAAGCUCACUUUUGUUGGAACUUCCAUGGGGAGAGUUUAUGGGGUGAAAAUUUUGGUUCAUCACAUAGUAAGAAAAUUUUGUUAUUCUGGAUGUCGGAACCACAGCGCAUUUGAAACUGAUAUUAUUUUGAUUUUUAAUUUGGAUCAAUUGUACAUGACUUGAUUAUUCUUUGUCACCAUUCCUUCUCUCAUUUUAGACGAGUAUUAACACUAGUUUCAGUGAAUCAUUUUUCUGUUGCA